GCCGCCCAGCGCAGCCCAGAGAGCGACCCCCGCGCCGGCCGCUGGGCCCGGCUCAGCCGCGGAGCCCGCAGCCCUGAGCGGCUGCGCCCAGCUCCAUGAAUGGAAAUCGGCAGCGCAGGACCCGUCGGGGCACAGCCCCUCCUCAUGGUGCCCAGACGUCCUGGCUAUGGCACCAUGGGCAAACCCAUUAAACUGCUGGCCAACUGCUUCCAAGUUGAAAUCCCAAAGAUUGAUGUCUACCUCUAUGAGGUGGAUAUCAAACCUGAUAAGUGUCCUCGAAGGGUGAACAGGGAGGUGGUGGACUCAAUGGUGCAGCAUUUUAAAGUGACAAUAUUUGGGGACCGUAGACCAGUUUAUGAUGGGAAGAGAAGCCUCUAUACAGCAAAUCCACUCCCUGUGGCCACUACUGGGGUGGAUUUGGAUGUGACAUUACCAGGAGAAGGUGGAAAAGAUCGUCCCUUCAAAGUGUCAAUAAAGUUUGUUUCUCGGGUGAGCUGGCACUUGCUGCAUGAAGUUUUGACAGGAAGAACCUUGCCUGAGCCUCUGGAACUAGACAAACCUAUCAGCACUAACCCUGUUCAUGCUGUCGAUGUGGUGCUACGACACCUCCCCUCCAUGAAGUACACUCCUGUGGGCCGUUCCUUUUUCUCAGCACCAGAAGGCUAUGAUCACCCCCUGGGGGGUGGCAGGGAAGUCUGGUUUGGAUUCCAUCAGUCUGUUCGGCCUGCCAUGUGGAAGAUGAUGCUCAAUAUUGAUGUUUCUGCCACUGCCUUCUACAAAGCACAACCUGUCAUUCAAUUUAUGUGUGAAGUUCUUGACAUUCAUAAUAUCGAUGAACAACCAAGACCUCUGACUGAUUCUCAUCGGGUAAAAUUCACCAAAGAGAUAAAGGGUCUCAAGGUAGAGGUGACUCACUGUGGAACGAUGAGAAGGAAGUACCGCGUGUGUAACGUCACCAGGCGGCCUGCAAGUCACCAGACCUUUCCUUUGCAGUUAGAAAACGGGCAGACUGUGGAAAGAACGGUAGCACAGUAUUUCAGAGAGAAAUACAACCUCCAGCUGAAAUACCCUCAUCUUCCUUGCCUACAAGUGGGACAAGAACAGAAACACACCUACUUGCCUUUAGAAGUCUGUAAUAUUGUAGCUGGCCAGCGCUGUAUCAAGAAGCUAACGGACAAUCAGACAUCAACCAUGAUAAAGGCCACAGCAAGAUCUGCUCCAGAUAGGCAAGAGGAGAUAAGCAGACUGGUGAGAAGUGCAAACUAUGAUGCAGAUCCGUUUGUGCAAGAGUUCCAGUUCAAGGUGCGGGAUGAGAUGGCGCACGUGACAGGGCGUGUGCUGCCGGCCCCCAUGCUGCAGUACGGAGGACGGAAUCGAACGGUGGCAACCCCAAGCCAUGGAGUGUGGGACAUGAGAGGGAAACAAUUUCACACUGGGGUUGAGAUCAAAAUGUGGGCUAUAGCUUGCUUUGCAACGCAGAGGCAGUGCAGAGAAGAAAUACUGAAGGGUUUCACGGACCAGCUGCGCAAGAUCUCCAAGGAUGCUGGGAUGCCCAUCCAAGGCCAGCCCUGCUUCUGCAAAUAUGCCCAGGGAGCAGACAGUGUGGAGCCCAUGUUCAGACACCUCAAGAACACCUAUUCAGGGCUUCAGCUCAUCAUUGUCAUCCUGCCAGGGAAGACCCCAGUGUAUGCGGAGGUGAAGCGAGUGGGAGAUACACUUCUGGGGAUGGCCACGCAGUGUGUUCAAGUCAAGAACGUCAUUAAAACAUCUCCACAGACCCUCUCAAAUCUGUGCCUGAAGAUUAAUGUUAAAUUAGGAGGAAUCAACAACAUCCUUGUACCUCACCAACGACCUUCUGUGUUCCAGCAGCCAGUGAUCUUUUUGGGAGCUGAUGUCACUCACCCUCCUGCUGGAGAUGGAAAGAAGCCUUCCAUUGCUGCUGUUGUAGGUAGUAUGGAUGCUCAUCCAAGCCGGUACUGUGCCACGGUGAGAGUUCAGCGACCCCGGCAGGAGAUCAUCCAAGAUCUUGCCUCCAUGGUGAGAGAGCUGCUCAUCCAGUUCUACAAGUCCACACGGUUCAAGCCCACACGUAUCAUCUUCUACAGGGACGGGGUCUCUGAAGGGCAAUUUCGACAGGUUUUGUAUUACGAGCUGCUGGCCAUUCGAGAAGCCUGCAUCAGCCUGGAGAAGGAUUAUCAGCCAGGAAUCACCUACAUCGUGGUGCAGAAAAGGCACCACACACGAUUGUUCUGUGCUGACAGAACAGAAAGGGUUGGACGAAGCGGCAAUAUUCCGGCUGGCACCACUGUAGACACAGAUAUCACACAUCCCUAUGAGUUUGAUUUUUACCUCUGUAGCCAUGCUGGAAUACAGGGUACCAGCCGUCCCUCACACUAUCAUGUUUUGUGGGAUGAUAACUGUUUUACUGCAGAUGAACUCCAGCUGCUGACUUACCAGCUCUGCCACACAUAUGUGCGCUGCACACGAUCGGUUUCUAUCCCCGCACCAGCCUAUUAUGCUCACUUGGUAGCAUUCAGAGCACGAUACCAUCUUGUGGACAAAGAACACGACAGUGCUGAAGGAAGCCAUGUUUCAGGACAGAGCAACGGGAGAGACCCGCAGGCCCUGGCGAAGGCCGUCCAGAUUCACCAAGACACCUUACGCACGAUGUACUUCGCUUAAAGGUCACUAAGAUGGGAGCAUACUCAGCGAGAGGAAGAACUGAACAAUUUAAAGCCACAUACAAUGUAUGUUUUUUCCAGUGGGGUUGGUUUAUGGGGUGUGCCUCCGAAAAGCUGACACUGGGCAGGGGUUUGAGAGGCUUAACCCUUAAAUUGACACGAGGAAGAUUGUUUACUUCAUCGAGGAACACGGCACUAUUAUGCAAUAUGAAACCAGCCAACUGCUUUGUAUUUGUUUGGGUGUUUUUUUUUUUGGCACAGAAGCACCGCCAUCAUUUUUGGUUUAUUUUAUUUUGGGGGGUCGUUUUGGUUUGUUUUUAUUUUGUUUUUCUCCUAGUUUAACCCUUUUUUUUUUAAUGCCUUUACCUCAAGUUGCUCGGCAGCACAACUCUCUUUGCAAAAAAAAAGAAAGAAAAAAAGAAAAGGAAAAAAAAAAAGAAAAGAAAAGAACAGUCAAGUUAAAAAAAAAAUUAAGAAAGAAAAAGUAAUAAUAAUUAAAAAAAGGCAAAUCUCCUUUUCUAAGAACAAUCCCAGAGGUUGUUUGGAGGAGAAGUGUGCAAAAAGAAGCGGUUUUAAUUUUUGCCCCUGCUGCUGUGAGGAAUCUUUUCUCUCAGUAUUACCAUCAAGCAUUCAAAUGUGGACAUAUCUCAGUGCAUUUGGAUGUUAAGAGCACUAGCCAGAGAAAAGUGAAGGGGAGGAAGGUGUUUUGCACUCUAAGCUAAUAAUUGAAACAGAAUUCAGCCAACUGCUGCCUUUGUGUCUUUUCCUCACAGCUUUGGAGUUCUCACCUCCAAUAGUUCCCUUUCACAAAGCAAAGCGGUAUCCUGGGCCAGGCAGUAGUGACCCCACACACACAACCCCCCCUAACUUCUUGUUCCCUGGUCAAAUUUACUAAAGCUGCUGUUUUACCUAGUCCAAAAGUUUCAAUUCUUUUCUAUUUGGCAAAUCAAAUACCUUGAAGCUUCCACGUGGCAUCAGAUGUCCCACAUUUGAUAGGAUUCCACGUAGUACAAAUACCAGAACUGAAACUUUAGAGCUAAGGCCUUUUAGUAUAAAAAGAAAAGCAAAAUGCUACUUUACUUGCUGCCUCUCACACCUUAAUGUGAUUUCACAUGGAUGAGUUCUUUUUGUUGAAGUUUAGCUUCCUUUUUUUUUUCCCUUUUAUAUUUAUUAGAGUAAUAAUAAUGCUUUAAUUUAAUUGUUACAGAACGUAUGGUCAACAUCAAACUUUUUAUUUUGUAGAAGUGUAAGCAUAGUUUUUGUUCCUGUUUCUUUUGGUUUGGUUUUUUUUUUUUUUUACAAACUGACAACUUGUUUUGCUAUCUUUUAGUGCAAUAAGCAUUCUAAAGGAAACAAACAAAACCAACAAACAAAAACUGUGUCCAUUGAAGCUGUACCGAAGCAGUGUUUGUACCACUAACUGUGGAAGAAUGGACACCUCCAUGAUUUUAAAAGGACAGAGUCAAAAGCCUUAAUUUUGAAAGGAAAGUUUGGGUGGGUUUUUAUUUUUACCUAGGCAGAAGGAAUCUUGGGUUUUCCUUUUUUAAAUCAAAACAAGAACAGCAAAACAGUUUCUGGAGUUCUGCAGAGCUUUACUUGGGCACCUUCAGCAUUUUGAUUUAACAAAGGAAUUGGCCACGUGUUUUGGCUUUGAAAGGCAGAGGAUGUUUGAAUGAAAUGGGAAGGGUUUGGUGUCUUGGUUAUUUUUUAUUAGCUAAGUUUAUACAUGUUUAGUUAAAUCUACUUGACAUCACUAAAAAUGUCUGGAAUGACUACGAGUUUUUAGGCUUUCUUCCUCUUUGAUAAUGACUUUCCUUUUAAAAUUAAGUUAUUGGUAACUUCAUUUCACUUUGCAAAUAAAGAGGGCUGGGAUAGUUCUAACGUGUUUAUAUCACUGAAAUGUGAAACAGAUUAAUGGGACUCUCUUUCAUUCCACUUUAAAGGUAAAACCAAUAUUUAAGAUGUCAGAGACGAGCAUUUAUUCAUCGAGGGGGACUGGGGAGUUUUGCACUUUGUAAACUCGUGAAACUGCAUUUUUUUUUUGACUGUUUUUAUUUGCACUGGUUCAUAGGAUAUAUACUGCAGAUAGUUUGUAUGGGCAUUGCUGUUAUCCCAGCCCUCCUGACCUCCACCUGCUCUCCACAUGAAAACCAGUGGGUCAGCAUCAGUAGCUUAGCUCCUCUCUCCUGAAGUCUCCUGUUUGCCAAGAUACUGUAUUUUGAGCCUAAAAUCUGAGCCCGUUUUGCUUCAACAGGCAUGAAUCUCUCCCCCUAUUCCCCUCCCUCCUUUUUUUUCUGCCAGAAGACAAAGUACUGUAUUUUGUGCAUUUGUUUGUCAUACUGAGAUGUCCAUAGUGCUGUUGACAACACUCCCACAGAGCUUUACUAACCACUCCCUGUACAGACAAAGCUUAUCUCCCAGGACUGAGGAAGACAACAUAAGGACUAACUCUGCAAGUCAAAACUUCUCUGAAAACAGUGGUGACAGUGGCCGGCUGGCUGGUGGCUCAGGGAGGUCCCUAAGAGGAAGUGGGAGGGUGAUGAGGACAACUCAGCAGUCCCCACCAUGUCUGAUGGGGGCUUCCAGGGAGUCAUGAGCUUAUGUGGGCUGCUCCUACAGACCCAGGAUGGACCCAGCCACGCUCUUCAGCUUCUUCAUCCACUUGCCCUUGACAGAAAUCUGCUGCAGGGAGGUUGGAGAACAAAGGAAUCCCAGCACGGUGGUUCCCAAAUAGGUCUCUCAGAGGUUCUCCUUGGUCUGUGACCUGCCAGGUUUUUUUGUAGAAGCUCUCUAGGUGGUAGUUCUGUUUAUAAAAGAAAUUGGAGCAGUGUAGCUUUAGGUUGGACAUUAGGAGGAAGCUCUUUACUGAGAGGCUGAGACAAUACCGAAGCAGUUUGCCCAGGGAUGUGGUUGAGACCCUGUCCCUGGAGGCAUUUCAAGAGCAGGCUUAGGCGUUUUUUUAACAGAAAACUCUUUUCAAAUAGAGACCCUUUUUUUUUUUUUGAGGGUAAAACCAACCAAACCCAACUCUUUAACAAAAACUGCUAGUGGAUUGCUGGCAUUGAAGUGAAAAUUCCUUUUUUUAACCCUCUUUUAACACUCCUUCCCACGCCACCGUACGCUUCUCACCCUGCCCACGCUCAGAGACUGCUUUGAGAAGCUUCGCUCGCUACUUGCACCAAAAGAAAAAGAAAACAAAACCAAAACAAAAACCAAUAAAAUGAAACUUCCUUGGGAAAAGUGAACUGCUCAUCGAGCUGCGUUUCUUUAACCUGGUUUUCAUGUGAAGAGUAUUUGGAUGUUUUAACCUCUCCUCUCGGUUUUGCAAAUUCUCUACGUCAAGUGCCGAUACUUUGUGUUUGGAGUCAUGAGGGCCACACGGUGAUGAUGCUGUAGCUGCUAUAUUUAUUUAAAAGGAGAUGGACAAUUACUGCACUAAGGAAUGAGGAGAUAAGCAAGGAAUCAAGGUUAGUUAGAUGUCUUGGUUUUGGGUUUGGUUUUUUUUCCCUUCUUUUUUUUUUUUCUUCUUCUUCAAAAAGGUGAAUUGAUGGUGUGAAAUAUCAAGUUGUUAACAAAAGGGUGCUGUCAUUUUAAAGGAGAUUAAAUAGCCAGAUAUUCUUCCUUUUGUUUUAAAAGCAUAUAUUUUGAUGUUUGCAGUUUUGAGGGGGGAGGGUGGGUUAGGGUUGGGAUAAAUGGUACCUCAUCUGUGGUGGCAGUUUCCAGUAUAUUUUCAGAGUAUAUGGAUUUCUUUUAUUUUUGUACCUGCUCUCCUUUAAAAAAAAAAAAAGGAAAAAAAAAAGAAAAGAAAAAAAAAAGAAAAACAACAAUAAUAAUAAUAAUAAUCUUCUCUCAAAUUUUAUGUGCUGUUUGGGGAAAUCUUGGCAUACCAGAUCCCCCUCCCCCCCGCCUCUUAUUGCUGGGAGCUGGCUGUGUAUUGUCCAAAGAAGGACUUGGGCAAAGGCUGGCACUUGUGCUGGCCUCUGGGGUUGGUUUUGUUAAUGCCUACCUAGGAUAAAACGGUUCCUGUCUCCCAAGCUGCUGUACCAGUUGACUUCACCAAGACCUCGCUUGUAAUUAACAAGUGCCACUAAUUGCUCCCGUGGUGGGAGCGCACACACACACACGGGGCUGAGCUGUUGAGUAUCUGCCGCAGGGAACCUGCAGCUGCAGCCCUGCUUUGGUGCCAGCAGCUGGAGCUGCUCCCCGGGGGCCGCUCUCAGCCCAGCCGAAAGCCUUGCUGAAACCUGGCAACUCCUAGCUCCAGGUUUUUGGAGAGAAGUUAGAACCUUCUGUAGUUGAGACAUUGCAACAUCUGCUGCCAGUGACUGACUCCACUGUAAGUAGCAGAUUUUUCUUCGUGGGGCACUUCAGCCGUGGCCAUUUUACUCAGGAUCGCUGUGUUACUGCUCAGUGUGGGAUCUGGUUAAAUGCAGCCAACAGUUAUUUUUAUAGGCUUCAGUCUGGCAUCCUUUUGGAAGUUGGGCCACAGGAAUGGUUUUCAGGAGUAAAAUGGGUUUCUGAAAGUUGUCAAUCAAAUGAUUUCAAGAUGUUUUUUGUCCUAAACUGUAACCUCUUCGUGUAUAAAGUUUUGUCCUUAGAACGAUCAACGUAAGACACCAGGUAGUCAUCUUCUGUAUAAAUCCCAGCUACAAAUACUGGUUUUCUACUAGUCUUGAAAUCUACUCUGGUGAAAUUCCAAGCUCAGCCUAGACUUUAAAAAAAAAAAAAAAGCUUGAGGCCUUUUUUAUUUUUUUCUUUUAAUAUAUACUUCAUAUCUUGUCCUCUUUGGGUAUUUUCCCUGUUUUGUGAACUGAGGGUUUAGAACCUUGCUCGAAGCACUUUUUGUAACCAAGGAGUCAAAAGCUCAGAUUGUAUUGGAGCUGUACAGCCAGUUUUUAGAGAUUGCUGUUUCUAAGUGGCCAUCAUAGUCUCUGGACACACCAGGCAGAUCCUCUGUCCCUUUAGUGCUGGGGAGUUUGGUGGCUGCUACUGGCAGGUUGUUUGGAUGUAACAAAGAAAUCCGUCGGGAUGUCAAAGGGAAUGAUUCCUGUCCAUCUGUUCUACCCAAAGAUGGUACUUUAGGUUGAUGCUGGUUGUUGUUAUAUGGUUUGUGUUUCAGCACAUAUUAGGUAGAACUUCACUUAAGCCACUUCCCUCAUGCUUUUGUGUAACCCUGAGCAGGCAGUGGUUAGAGUUGAGCUCACCGGGAGGCAUUCUGCUAAUAGAAGAUUUUAUACUUGCAGUAGUUGAGGUUUGAAUGCGAUGGGUACAGGAUCCUACAUUUUACCUCCCGAGCAGAGUCUCAAGAAUCCUGAUCUCUGUGACACUACACCAAAAACCAAAUUAUUGUCCCUCAGUAGACAAAGGUGCAUGUAGAGGAGAAGGAAUCACGGGGAAGAGGCUCACGAGGGAAAAUGCCGAAGCAUCCAUUUGACAAGAGACAAAGGUGCGGAUGGGAGACUCCAUCUGCUUCCCAUCCCACCUGCCCUGGCCUCUUCAGGUCUUGUCUGAGGUGCCCCCUCACCUAACACGGGUAGUUAACAAAGGGUCCUUUCAAAAUCAAUCAAUUUCACUGUUUAAAACUUGGAGUGACUUUAAUUUUUUAUUUUUAAGCAAGACUGUCCUCAGAAAGUGCCUUUUUAGAAGAUGGUGCUGUAGAUUUUUAUUUUCCAGUUGUACGUGGCUGAAAAUUUAAGAUAAAUUAUUGAAAAUGCCAAGUGUUUGAUGGUAUCUUUCAGGUACUCUCAAGCAUCAGCUUCUCUGAGUCAGGACCAAGAACAAUGAGGAAGGUGUUUCCAUUUGAAGGGAGAGGCGUUGAGGAGUGAUCACCAAAUUCAGCUGGUAGGCUAGAACCGGGCUGGAUUUAGUCAAUGCAAUUUACCCCUUCACAUUGAGGGGGUCUGGGGCGGGGUGGGGGAUGUAGGAGAAGCAGCAGCACAGGACUCUUGGGCUGAUGUAAUGAGUGCUGAAAGGGAAUCCAUAGCUACUGAACUGAAGGAUAUCAUCUCUGGGGUGUAGCAAGCUCCCAAAGGUGAAGCAGACAAACCAAAAGCUGUCUGAAGGUUAGGAGCUGGUCAGACCUGCUGUGAGCAGACCUCAGGUGGCUUCUGUUGUGCUUGCAUCAGUGGGACUUGUCAUUCCAAACUGGGAGCUUUGAUAACUCUAGAUGGGAGCAGCUUAGGUGGAGUAGGGAAUGCUGCCCUGCUCCAAGAGUUGCAGAGGGUCCAUGGUGGGUUUGGUGAGCAUUCCUCUGGUCAGGAAAAGCUGUAGACUAGACUAUUAAACACUGCACCUCAGUAACCUUGUAAUGCUGCAUAAAGUAAUAAUAAUAAUAGCAAAGUUCUGCUUUGAUGACACUGUAAUGUGCUUGCACAUGCCUGCAAAAAAUAGUCCACUCUUUCAGUUUUGUAAAGGUCUUAAUAGCAGUUGUAGGACAUUUUUCUUUGAUGAUGAACCUUGUUCCUUAUCUUGGUGUUUCUGUCUAUUUAUCAGUGAUCUGUGUGCAGCUCAUAGCUCCGUGUAUCUGGUCUGUAUGUUGCUUUUGACUCUUAUUUUUAGAGGGGGAGGGGGAAGAAGUUUCUGAAUGUUUUGGGUUUCUUCUCCAAACUCAGCCCUACCUAAUCACCUUGGAGAGGAGACUGAAUGAAACAGCUCAGCAGGCAGAGACUGCUUGAACUGGUACCUUGUUUCUUUAGAACUGAAGUGACUUUGUGUUCAUUUUACUGCUGUUCAUACAGUGUUGGGCAUUUAAGAUGUAAAAUAACUUCACAUCAGUCAGGAUAUUUUGGAAUAUCAGGAGCUUAAGCGCAGAACUCCCACUGGAGCUGCGGGUUGGUGUCUUUGCAGGAAUAAGCUCGUGUCCAGACCUUUUCUAGGAGCAAGCAGAGCUUUCCAAAACCCAUUCAUUUAGACACAAUCAGCAAACUCUUGAAGGGUACACCCAGUGGGCCAGGGACCCUGCGUGGAGCUGCCCACACCUCUGUGUUGGGAGGGAUGCUGCUGGAUUAAUUCAGCACUCGUGCUGCCGCUGGAGACCAAGUUAAGAACCUUUUUUUUUUUGCUGUGUAGCUGCUUCUGAUCCCAAUUUAAAGUGAACUGAUGUCUCUUAGUUUGGUACCAACUGUCUUGUCAAUGCCACUUUGUUGCUGUUUAAGCUUGCAAAGACUUUUAAACGGUUUUAUACUCCUAGUUUCUUAAUGUUCCUAGGCUAGGAUUUAGAGAGCAUGUUUUCAGUCUAAAUUCUGAGCCAAAACUGUCUUCUGUCCCUUUUAGGAGUAAGCAUUUUUACCUUGUAGACCAAAAAGGGCCAAAAAUCUUGUACCAUCAGCUUGUUUGCAGCAAUACUUUCCAUCUUUCCAGUUUAUUUUCUGUCUACAUUUAGCUAACACUGAAGCUAAAUACAAAAGAAAUGAACUGAAUUUGUAGCUGAGGACGUUGGUUUGUUGGGCACAGAUCUCUUCCUAGAAGUCUUGCAGUGGUGCUGAUGAGCUGAGGCACUGGUGGGUUGAAUUACAAGCAGCAACAUGCUGUAUGUUUGUUUGCAUUCCUUGUUGGGUGCCUGAUUUGAUUUAAAUAGGAGCUAAUAAACCACUGAAGAUGUGUAGGCACUUAAAAUCCUCAAAUGAGAAAAUACAAACAUCACCAAACCCAAAAAAACAGACAAUGGAGAGUUUGAACAACUCCUCCUUCCUGACAAAAGUUUGAGGAUUUGGUGUAAUUGAUGCUACUCAGAAUGAAUUGUGCUGGGAUUAAUCCUAAAGCUGAACUGCCUCAGCUGUGUUUGAGGAGGAGGAGAGGUGGUGACUGGGGCUGUUAAACCCAUAGGAGAAAGCUCUGAAAAACACAAGGAGGAAACUUCUCUUCAUAUUGAAAAAGCUGAAUCCAGUGAUACAAAUCUCAUGCUGCUAGAGCCUCGUGAAGCUGUAUCCACAGCCUACCCAAAAAGACCUCCCCAUGACUACUUCAGAACUGAUGCAUGAAAGGGGGGAAGUAUUUUCCUGUCUUUCAGAGUGCCUGUUCACCUCCCAGAUGGACCUGUAACAGCUGUACAGAUAAAUCAAACUGUGUUUUGUAUCUAAACCUUGAAGCUACCUUACUUGGUCAAACAGAUACAAGUUAAGUAGAUUGGUGCUAUUUGAAAUAGUGGAGCCCAGGGGGGUUGUGAGCAAUAUCUAAGCCCUCCAUCAAACACAGAUGCUCCAGGAGAUUUCUGGUUGUAGUUUUCACACAGUCCAUGCUGAAGUGUGCCUGGCUACCAAGAAGAACAACAGCAGGCAGUUGUAGAGUUAAUUUAGCUGUAGCACUACAGUUGCUCUGCUCUUCCUCAGCUCUUACCUACCUCCCUGUUCCCUUAGGCAGGAUCCACUCCUUCUGCUGCCUACAGAAUGAGCCACAUUGAGCUGUGUGGAAGGUAAAUCAGCUCUGGAUGUGUGGGGUGGUGAUAGAAAGCAGUUGCCUGUAGAAAUAAAGGUCUGGGUUAGGAGUUGACUGGGUUGGGUUGGGAAUUGGGUGGGUGCCAGGGAAGCUGUGGUCAGUUCAAGCCGUUUGAGAGAGCUUGAUGGGGAAACGUCAGACAUUAGGUGUCUGAACACCUGAAACGUCAGGCUUAGGUGUCCUGAACUGUUUGUAUCAGACUUGAACUCUUUGAGAGUAAGCUUGUGCCUUUUUCUGAUCAGGAACAGAGCUGGCAAACUGCUGUUUGCAUUGGUAGUAUGGUUAGGGGUUUUGUUGAGUUGUUUUUAAGGCUUGAAGUCCUUGGUCAGAAUGGAGUCGGUUUUGUGUUCAAUUACUUCAAGUGAGCCCUGAAUUAUUUGUGAACUAAAACUAAUCAGAGAGGAGAGUUAAUGGCAUCAAAUAAACUUCCUGGGAGACUUGCAGGUUGUUUUUAAUGAAUUUAACCUUGCUCUGUUUCUCUCUCUAAUGAGAAUCAUUAAUUCUGCCUUUUAUUUGAAUGUUGCCUGUCCAGUGAUGUCUUCACUGUGUGCUGUGCUCCUGCAGCUUUCCAUACACUUCUUCCCCCCUGCCCUGUUGGGUGGCUGUAAGGAGAUGAAGAAUGUUGUCCAGUGAAUGUUGGGGAGCAGUGCAGAGCUUUGGUUCAGUGGGAAUGUGGAGGUGAUGAUGAAACAUCACAGAUAAUGCCUCAGGAACCUGUUUGCCAGCAGCUGAAGGAGGUGAUGUCUGCAUACAAGAUUGUGCAGUCUCUUGGGUAUGGAAGGAGUCAGCACAGUGGUACAAGGGAAGAAAAGAUCUUCCCUGUGCUCUGGUAUUAAGUUAGCAGAAGAGUGAAGGCUGUUGUAGGCUGUGAGCUGUGCAGAAGUGGGCUUCUGUGUCCUUAGGGGUAGUUUGACCUUAAAACUACCCAAAAAGUGGAUUUUCAGAGUGAAAUGAAAAAGCUCCUUGACUGGGUUAUAUUUUGUGCAGUGUUGAGAUCCUGAAGAGUUAUCCAGCCAGAACUCUGGUCUCACUGCUGCUUCUGAAAUGAGGGUUUCCUCUCUGACCUUGGCUACAUGAUUCUGCCUCCUUUUUCACCCCAUCUAGUAGUGUUUGUGAUGAUUCACAUCGCCUUACAGGAGCCAGCUGCUGGAGGGGGAGUGGGGGAUGAACCACGCUGUGGAAGUGCUGACAAACUGUGCACCUCCUUGCAUGUUUGCAUCUCCACUUAAUACAGCUCUAGAGCCUGUCUGCCAUGAGCCCCUGCUCUUCACUUGCACCUCAUCCCAGCUCUGCCCAAGAAGAGCUGUUGGGGCUGGUCCCAUGAUGUUUACCUGUUGCUUUCUUUUAAGGUAAUCCAUUUAUUGCAAACUAGACUGUCAGAGGGCAAGUUUAUUUAAAGGAAAGGGGUUGGAUUGGUUUAGUUUUGGGGUUUUGUUUCCAAUGCUGAGAAUUUUGUAGGUCUUCUAAACACAUUUGGCAGUUGGAAAAUUAAUACCUACUGUAAUACUAUCUAGCAACACAGAGAAAUGCGACUGUGUGUUGAGUUCAGGGCUAUGCUAGCCCAUAAAUCAUGGGUCCACAGCCCAUUUAAGUACAGGUGUGCAAAAAGAAGCUAUUAAAAUAGUUACUAAUAAACUUUUAUUAUGCUUACACUUGCAAAUCUCUUAAACAUAUUCAAAAGCAGUUCCUUUGGUAGAAAAUCCCUGUCUUGCCAGUUAGUGUUCACUCAUGACGUACAGCAAAGUGCUACUUGCUGGAGCAGUGCUCAGUGUGAAGAACCUUGGGAAGUUUUUUGAACCUAAUGGUUUGCCAGCAAAGUAGAAACUUGAGUAAGGCUCUUGAACUGGGGAGGAAACCCCCCCCCAAAAAAAAAACAAAAACCUGAGAGGAAGCCUGCUAAGCAUCAAGUUUGUCUUCUGGCAGCCUUGAGGUGAAGAAAGCUUCAUUUGGGGUACACAGUUUCGUACAUCACUUUUCCUCCUGUGGCUGUAGUUCUUAGUUUUCUCUGGACUUGAUUUCUGUUUUUCAGCAAAACUGUCUUAUUUCUGCAGUUUUCAGUGUUGAAUCUCAACCAUGAGACAGCUCAGUGUUGUUUUUUCCUGUAGGGAAAGCUGCUUCUAGAAGGUUGCAUUUCAUGUCUCUUUUGCAGGCGGUUUGGAACAGUCAGGUUCAGCAUAGCAAUAGGGUUGGCAGAACCAGUUUGUGGUCCAAAAUGUUGCUUUUCCAGACCCGUUGCCCAGCCCCCCUCCUGCUAGGACCCACAUGAAUCCUGCCUUUCACAGACUGGAUGAUGCACUUUGUGCUCACGGGGUUCCCUCCUGCCCAUUUUAUUCAUGUUUCUUCCCGUGGUGUGAGCAGUUAAGCAUCCCCAAGUAGCCUGUUGGUGGAUAAAUCGUGUUGGGUCUUGUGUGGGGGGGGAAAAAAAGGGGCUGGUGAUGUGGCCUGGAGGUGUCUAAUGAGAGACAAGGCUGGUAUCAGCAGGCAUUUAAAGCUUUCACAGCAAUUGGUAGCAUUCUGUGAUGAGCCAGUGUGGGUAUUAUCUCUUGAGGAGUAGGUGGCAUCGCCUGUGCCAUGGGCGCUGGUAGCAAGCAAGCCGCAUCGAUUCAGGAGCCUGCUGGAGGUGAUGUUGUGGAUAUACAUUUAAUAGCCUAUGUUUAAAUUGAGAUUAAACUCCCCCCCAUAUUGUGCUGUUUGGGAUUCUUUUUCACAAGAAAACUCUAAUAAAACCAGUCUGGUGGAUUGAGAUCCCUUUCUACCUGUACAAUCUUGCUCUUUCUCAUAUGCUGGUAACUGCUCCCCUUGUUUUGGUGUUACCCUUGCUUAAGCAGGAACUCGAAUGUCUGUUCCCACCGUGAAGGUAUUUUUUGUUCGGAGGGGAGGGAGGAGAUUCAAGGCUAAAGGGAAUUGUUUCAAGAAUCAAGCAGAGCUGUGACUCAAGACGUUGCACAAAUAGAUCGUAGCUGGAUGGCAAACGAACUGGUAAAAGCCUUUAUUUUUACUUAACCAUCUUGACCAUGUGUGCCUCUUUGUAUUGCGGAUGUGGGCUGCAACCAUGUGGGGUGGGAGGGGGUAAAAGAAAAACAAACCCAUGUGUGGUGUGCUUUGAGAUGUACUUGCUAAGCAGAAGCGGUGUCCUCUGCCCUUUCUCCCUUUCCAGACAAAUUGUUCUUGCCAAAAUUUUCUACCUGUUGCAAGAGUUUGCUUUCUUUCCAGCACAGUAAAAUGUCAACUUCUUUUCACUGUUCCUUCCCCUCUCUGUAGGCAUCUUGUAACCUCUGUACGACUGUGUAUAGUACACGACAGUCAUCAGAUCCUCUACUGGCUUUAGAUACCAUCAAGCUGGGUGUAUUGUAAACCAACCGUAUUCAUUUGAAAACCAAUAAAUAAAUUCCUUUUUGAGAUGCA